GAACGAAACGGAACGUUCGACGCUAACCAACUUCAAGCGCGCUCUCAAAAAAUACAAAAAAAAAAAUAAUUAACAAACAAAAUAUACAAAAUAAAAACCCGAAAAAGCCAAAGAUAAAGAGAGGUGGCUGAGAACUGGAGGAACAACCAAACUGAACAACGAACAACGACAACGAGCAACGGAGACCGCAAAAAUACACGGUCGGAGAGACAAUAAAAGUCGGCCAGCGGCCAAAAACGCGCUCAUUUCAUUGCGUGCGCUGUUUUCGCAACGGCGGAGAGGGCACUACGGCAACGGAAUACGGAUUGAGGAAUACGGAAUACGUUAUACGAAAUACGGAGUACGGGAAUACGGAACACGGAGUACGGGAAUACGGGAGGAGAAGCCACGCGGAUACGCAUACGGAUACGGAUACGGGGAGCCAGGAUGCGACACGCAUUUGUUGGAUUAAUUGUGUGCUGGCUGGCAGUUUGUCAACCGCAAGCUGAGGCACAAUUUGGCGGCUUUGGAGGAUUCCAGCCACAGGUAUAUAGACAGCCGCAAUAUUAUCAACCUCAGGUGUAUCAGCCUCAGGUUUACCAACAGCCGGGGGCUUAUCAACCUCAGGUUUAUCGACAACCGCAGGUUUAUCAGCCUCAGGUGUAUCAGCAACCAAGACAGGUUUACCAACAACCUCAGGUCUACCAACCACAGGUGUAUCAGCAGCAGCCCCGUCAGCAGCGUCAAGGAUCCGUCUCCAAGGCCAAUACGAAUGCCUAUGAGCGACAGGUGGACUUUGGCAAUAAUGUGGAAUACACUCAGGGUCUAUCCAACUCCCGGGCGGUGACCAAACAGAAUGGCCAACGUGUGGUGACCAAAAGUCAGGCUCAGACGCGUGACAUCGAUCUCGGUGGCCUGCAGAUCGGCAACACACUGACCAGAACGAAAACAAAUGCCAAUGGAGCUGUGUCCCAGGGCAUUGCCAAUCAAUUCCGGAUCGGUGAUGUCGGUCUAGGUGCCUCCCUGUCGCCACAGAAUCUACGAAAUGGUUUUGGUCUUCAGCGUGGUGCCGAUGGUGACUUGCGUCUGGGUUUGGGUGUUCUUAACCUAGAUCUGGAUAGGAAUGUGGCCAAUUCGAAUACCUUGUCACAGGCUCAGGUGAAUGCUCAGGGUAAGGGUGCUCGGGCUGGUUCCUCCAGCAACUCGCAAUCGAAUACCCAGCAAUAUGGUGGAGUUACGGUGACGGACACACGCUCCAAUUCGAAUGCCUUUGGCAAGGCACGACGUGGUCAGACUUCGGCCAGUACAGGUGGAUUUGGAGGUAAUGCUGCCACCAAUGGUCAGAGUUUCGGUGGUCCCUUCCAGCGUGUGGUGCGACAGCAACCGGUUGCUUAUAGGCGACCCAAGAGGAGGGCACAGUUUGUGCCAUUCGGUUAUCCAGGAGGUGGCUUUGGACCGGGUCCCUUUAACCUGGGUUUGGAUAGACCACGUCGGCAGUUUGGCGAACCCUUUUUUAAACUCAAGCUUUUUCUAGGCUUUGGUGGACAACAGUUUGGUGGAGGGCCCCAGUUUGGAGGAGGACCACAGUUUGGAGGCGGAAACCAGUUUGGUGGCGGCUUUGGUGGCUUCCAGCAGCCGCAGCAGCAACGCCAAAAGGGUAACCAGAAUCAGGCUAAUGGCAAUGCCAAUGCUCAGGGUGGACCUGGUUUCAACCAGCAGGCAUCCACGAAUAAUCAUGCCAGUCAAGGUAAUACCGGGAGCAGUAGCAUUGGCUCUAACUUGGCCCAAGAUGGUAGCAGCGGUCAGGUGAGCUCGGCCAAUACCAAUACGCACAAUACCCAGACAGCCGGUGGCUUCGAGAGCGGCCAGAAUUCACAGAGUCAGGCAUUGAACUUCAAACCUGGUGAGCAGCAGGCUUCAAGUGCCAAUGCCAAUACACAGCAUACACAGCAGGGCGGAAGGGAAACCAUUGGUUCGAAUAGUGGCUCUACGGCCACCAAUAAUAACCAAUUUGGACAGUCGACGAAUACGGCCAAUACCAAUACGCAGGUGGUGCGUGAAGGUAACCGUCAGGAUGCCACCAGUGAUGCCAACAGUCAGAGCAUCUUUCAGGGCAACAACGGGCAGGGCGAUGCCUCGGCCUCAACGAAUGCCCAGACCAGUUCUCAGAAGGGACCCGGUGGCUUUGUGAGCAACUCGGCCUCGAGCAGUGCCACAGCCACCGCCGGAAAUGGACAGUCGGCCAAUGCCAACGCCAAUGCCAGUGCCGGCAGUGGUGGUGGUGGUGGCUUCGGGCGUGGAUCCGGGGCAAAUGCCGGUGCCAAUGGCGGUAGUUUCGGUGGCGGCGGCGGCGGUGGUGGUGCCAAUGCCAAUAGCAAUGCCUUCAGCGGAUUCGAUGGAUUCGGCUUCUAUGGACUUCGUCAUCGAGCACAGCAACAGGUUCGUCUGCAACGCUGGAGACCCAAGUCUUUAAAUGGUACUGAAACUUCCCCAAGAACUUCUUCAAAGAGUUCCACCAUCAACGAUAACUUUGAGUAUGUGUACUUUAAUCGCUCUUCCCGCUUGGAGGAUCUCGACUCUAGCUCUGGUUCGGAUUUGGGGACACUGAACACCUCGGUUGAGGCCUUUGGGCCAUAUGAUAGCACUCAGCGUCAGGGUCGAACUUUUGGUGUGAUCUACGAUUGGAUAACGGGACUCUUUAACUCCUGUGUCUCACCCUGCACCCUGGAGGCUUUUCAGAAGCAAACCUGCUGUGAGACAUAUGUGGUGGAUCCUUCGUAUCCACCGCCACCUCCUCCUCCUCCACCACCACCGCCACCACCUCCGCAGACUUGCUGCACUCCUGUGAGACCCUAUCCACCACCUCGUCCUUUGCCACCACCACCACCUCCUCCUCCACCGCCACCGCCCCCAAUGCCCUACUAUCCCCCCAUUUAUCCCAAUAAUAAGACGCCCGUGGUGGUGGUGGCCACGCCCAUUAAUUGCUGCACUGUUUGCACUUACACUUACUAUGGACCACCGCCCUGUGGCCGCUACAAUAAUAGUAACAAUGGCAAAAAGGUGACCAUCUAUGUACCGCCGCCUUACUAUGGACGAUGA